AUGUUAUACUUGCAGAUAGAUUGGUUUGAACAGCAGGCUCUGAAAAGAAGAAAGAAAAGGCAAGUGUUUUCCUUCCCAACAGAUCCUUUGUUCGAAAAGCAGUGGUACAUGAAUGGUGAACUUUCUGAUACAGACCUAAAUGUUUUGACUGCAUGGAAAUUGGGAUACAGUGGAAAAGGCAUUGUUGUCAGCAUUCUGGAUGAUGGGCUUGAAAAGGAUCACCCUGAUCUCUCUGCUAAUUAUAAUGCGAUUUGCAGUUACCCCUUCAAAAAUGGUGACCCUGACCCCCAGCCAGCCUUUGAUACCUGGGAUUCCAAUAGACACGGGACUCGUUGUGCAGGAGAGAUAGCAGCAGUAAAGGGUAAUGGGAUCUGCGGAACUGGAAUUGCAUUUAAUGCCAAAGUAGGAGGUGUCAGGAUGCUGGAUGGACCUGUCACAGACCUUGUGGAGGCAAAGGCGCUUAGUCUGAGACCCCAACACAUUGACAUCUAUAGUGCUAGCUGGGGCCCUGAGGAUGAUGGGAAAUCACUAGAUGGCCCUUGGACACUGGCCAAGGCAGCAUUCCUUAGGGGAGUUGUUUAUGGUAGAGGUGGUCUGGGAUCUAUUUUUGUGUGGGCAUCUGGCAAUGGUGGGUACCAUUAUGACAACUGCAACUGUGAUGGAUACACAAACAGCAUAUACACUCUGUCAGUUGGAAGCACAACAGAGAAAGGGGAGGUGCCAUGGUACAGUGAACCUUGUGCUUCAACCCUGACCACGACAUUCAGCAGCGGAAACCAGCUGGACAGGAAAAUAGUGUCUACAGAUCUCCAUUAUAAAUGCACAAAAGAGCACACCGGAACCUCUGCAUCUGCUCCACUUGCUGCUGGGAUGAUCGCACUUGCUUUGGAAGCAAAUCCAGUACUAACAUGGCGGGACGUGCAACAUAUUGUGGUAAGGGUUUCCAAGCCUCAAAUGCUGAAGGCAGAUGACUGGACUAAAAAUGGAGUAGGUCGCACAGUGAGUCACCAUUAUGGUUAUGGGCUUUUGGAUGCAGGACAUCUGGUGGAUGUCGCUAGGAAGUGGACGACCGUUCAGCCUCAAAGGAAGUGCUUCAUACAAAUGAUGAGCACCCCACAGCAAAUUACUUCAGAACUGAUAGUUCGUAAAAAUAUUUCAGCCUGUGCAGGAUCAUCUAGCUUCAUUCGAUCCCUUGAGCAUGUUCAAGCCAAUAUUUCACUCAGCUAUACAAGGCGGGGAGACCUUGAAAUCUACCUCACCAGCCCUUCAGGGACAAAGUCUGUGCUCGUAGGUGUAAGGCCCUUCGAUGCAUCUUCUGAGGGUUACAACAAAUGGGAAUUCAUGUCGUCUCAUUUUUGGGACGAAGACCCACAAGGUGUUUGGAUGCUGGAGAUAAAGAACAAAGGAUAUUCCAAGAACACUGGUUUCCUUUCUGAUUUCAUAUUGCAGUUGUAUGGAACAGAUGAAGACAUGAUGGCUAGACAUAUGGAAGACAUUGUAAUUAAAGAAUGUAGAAAAUGGUCACAAGAUGGGCAAUGUGAAGAGUGCCAGAAGCCUUAUUGCAUUUUUGGACACGUCUGUUUGAGCAUUUGCCCUCCUCAUUUCUACAAAUCGGUAAAGACCAGUACGAUCAGCAAUAACACACAGGAUGUCAGUGAAGUGUGGAUCUGUAAUGCUUGCCACCCUUCUUGCUACACAUGUUAUGGUGAAACAGCAAACAACUGUACUACUUGCCCAUUAUUUUCUACUUUUGAACCUUCUUUGCAUACCUGUUCUGCUCCAGCAUUUUCUAGAUUUUUUUAUACUGAGGUUACACCAGGACAGUUUCACAAUGUCAUAACCAUAGUAUGGAUUAUGGUUGGGACAGUAAUUACUCUCAUUGUAGUUCGAUUAGGCAUUGUACACCUCCUACAAGCUUUACCACAUAGGCCUGUGAUGCAUGACAAUAUACCAGCAGUAGCCACAUCUGAGAUGACAGCCAUUCAUAUGAUAAGCGAAGAUGACACAGUAGCCAACGGGAAAGAAACUUUUCAUGAUCUAAGCACUGAAUAGCACAUCCAUGGGUCACCAAGAAUUUGAAAAAAUCCUGAUAGUUUAUAGCUAGUAAUUUGUGAAAGUACUUGUUAUACAGUAUGAAAAAGCAGCUUAUUUUCCAUCUUUAGUUCUAGUUCAUUUUGUAUAGUAGCUGUUUUAAUGUAGAGAGCGGAAGAUUAUGCUGAUUUAUUUCUAGUAAAUUCAACUGAUAAAUAUGCUGCCUGGAAGUAAUGUAUCUGAACUGUGGUCAAUUGUGUUGAUACAGCAUUGCAAUACAGAAAGAAAAACUGUCAAAAAAAUUACAAAUGAAUGUGCACGUCCAAAUAAACCUGUAUUUAACUACAGGAGAUGCAGACACAAAA